AUGCAGCACCUCGCCCUCUUCGUGGUGUGCCUCUUGGGCUCGUCCCUGGCCAAUCCCGCGUCGACCAGGUUGUGGAGCCGAGGUAACGGCCGCAUCAUUGGAGGUUCCGACGCCGACAUUGCCGACUACCCGUGGCAGCUGUCCUUUGAGUACAGCGACUCGCACAUCUGCGGAGCAUCCAUCAUCAGCUCCAACUGGGCGCUGUCGGCCGCUCACUGCGCUGACCAGUUGAAUGUCCUUCUGAUCAGUUUCCGAGCGGGAUCUUCAAUUCGUGGAAGCGGUGGUACCGUUCGCAAGGCAGGUUCCGGCUACAUGCACGGAUCGUACGACAGCAAUACGCUAGACUACGAUGUCACCGUCAUCAAGGUCGUCAGCCUGCCCUCUGAUGGCUACGACCCGGAAGGUGGUCUCGCAGUGACGGUGACUGGUUGGGGAACCACGUACACGGACGGGCCAGCAGCCAGCACCCUGCAGAAGGUCGACAUCAGCAUCGUGGACCGCAGCACCUGCAGGAGUAUCUUCGCUAACAUCAACACUGUGACCGACCGCAUGGUGUGUGCCGGCGAAGCCGGCAGGAGCGUCUGCAACGGAGAUUCCGGCGGCCCCCUGGUCAGUGGAAACACUCAGGUGGGCAUCGUCUCCUGGGGAAAUCCAGAGUGCGAGGCCGCCUCCGGCGUCUACGCCAAUGUUGCCAACCUGCACUCCUGGAUCCGAGCUGCAACUGGUGUCUAA